UUCCCGGGGACGUCAUUCUCAGGCGGACCAGACGUUGCCUGUGCAGAGCAAACAGUUGCACCUUUAAACUUGCACGCGAGCGGCACUGACGUCAUCUCAUCGAUAAACAACUAUCAGUAUUAAUAAUCGAUUGAGGACAUUUAUAUUUCUGCAGCGUCACCAUGUCUCUGGCGGCGGAGGCGUUCGUGUCGCAGAUGGCGGCUGCUGAACCUUGGCCUGAGACUGCGACCUUGUAUCAGCCGCUGAAGGAGGAUCAGAUCCUGCUGUCAGACUGCGCCUCAUCUCUCGCCGUGCAGGCCUACCUGAGGAUGUGCGGUCUACCUGUGCAGGUGGUUUGCAGAGCAAACGCUGAGUACAUGUCACCUUCUGGAAAGAUUCCCUUCAUCCACGUCGGGAACCAGGUGGUGUCAGAGCUCAGCCCCAUCGUACAGUUCACCAAAGCUAAGGGUCAUUCUCUGAGCGAUGGUUUGGAUGAUGUUCAGAGAGCUGAGAUGAAGGCGUACAUGGAGCUGGUCAACAACAUGCUGCUGACUGCUGAGUUGUACAUCCAGUGGUGUGAUGACGCUACAGCUGCCGAGAUUUCACGCCCCAGGUACAGCAGCCCUUACUCGUGGCCUCUCAGUAACAUCCUGGCCUAUCAGAAGCAGUGGGAGGUUCGCAGGAAGAUGAACGCCGUCGGGUGGGGAGGGAAAACCCUGGAACAGGUCUAUGAGGACGUGAGUCAGUGCUGCCAGGCGCUGUCGCAGAGGCUGGGGACACAACCGUACUUCUUUAAUAAGCAGCCCACAGAACUGGACGCGUUGGUGUUCGGCCACCUCUUCACCAUCCUGACCACCAGGCUGACGAGCACCGAGCUGGCAGAGAAGAUCAAGAGCUACAGCAACCUGCUGUCCUUCUGCAGACGCAUCGAACAGACCUACUUCGAAGACAAGAGCUCUUCAUGAAGGACAGCCUGCGUGUUUUAUCUCUUCUUGUACAUUCUUGUCUUUUCCCGCUCUCAUUCCCUCGACGUAAGAAGCUCAUGUUCACACACCGACCCUUCGUGCUCGUGCUGUUCUUUCUCGCUUUGUGCUUGUACAUUGUUGCAUGCUGCUGAUGUGUCCACGACACAUCCAUAGACCUCCAGUAGGGAUCAUUGUUAAGGGUGUUAAUACCACACACACGUUCAUCAGCUGCUGUCCGCUCUGACAUGUAUCGUGACGUGUUCGUGAAUGUCUGCAGAGCGUCAGAGGUUUCACAGUCGUGACGCGGUUGCCUUUCAGAAGGCAGGACUCCAUGUGUGAUAUGAUGAUAAUAAGAACUGUGACGCAGCGUCGACACGCUCGCUCUUCUCCUGUACAAACAAACAUGACGAUGAUGAAGAGGAAGUGAUUUAUUGGUUUAGUUUUUCCAUCGUUGUUAAUUUAAAGUGCCUACAAAAUAAAAGUCCAGAUAUAAACCUUU